CCCACCCACUCCGCGACCGCGAGCCCGACCCGACCGCUCCCACCUUCUCCGCGACUCCGCCUCGUCGUCCCCCCCCUGCAUAACCACCACCUCCAGACCUCCUACCAUUCCUUCCUCGCCCGCUCGCCCCCGCCCCUCAUGGCCCUCGCGUGCGCGCCCAUACCGCUCCCGAAACCCUAGGGCGCGGCACGCACCGUCCUCGUGGGCGCGGGCGCAGGCGGCAUGGCGCCGCAGGCCGCGGGGUCGGCCCCGGCGGUGGCGGCGCUCGGGUUCCUCCUCCCGACCUGCUGGGAGAUCGAGGUCACGUGCGCCGCCGCGAUGAUCCUCGUCGCGCUCUACGCUGCCUACGAGCUCCUCAACCCGCGCCCCUCGCAGGCGGCAGCGGCGGGCGACGCCGACGAGCUCCUCGUGCGGGGGCUGGACGGCGCCGACAAGUUCAAGGGGGGUGCGAGCGGCCCCUCUGCGUAUGUAGUGAAGCUCGAAUUGUUGGCUGCAAAAAAUUUGAUGGCGGCGAACUUAAAUGGGACAUCUGACCCGUAUGCAUUGAUCACUUGUGGCGCAGAGAAGCGUUUCAGUUCUAUGGUUCCUGGCUCAAGAAACCCAAUGUGGGGAGAGGAAUUCAAUUUUUUUGUUGAUAGUCUUCCUGUAAAGAUAAAUGUCAAGAUAUAUGACUGGGACAUUGUAUGGAAAAGCACAAUCCUUGGUUCUGUUACUGUUCCUGUUGAGUCUGAGGCACCGAGUGGACCAGUUUGGCAUACACUUGACAGCACAUCAGGCCAGGUGUGUCUUCAUAUUAAAGUAAUCAAGGUUCAUGAAAGUUCCUCCAGGGCUCUAAACAGCUCAGCUGAGGCUGGCGCUCGUAGAAGGAUUUCCUUGGAUAAGCAAGGUCCUACUGUAGUUCAUCAAAAGCCAGGUCCUUUGCAGACAAUUUUUGAACUACCUCCGGACGAGGUUGUUGACCACAGUUAUUCAUGUGCACUUGAGAGGUCAUUUUUGUAUCAUGGACGCAUGUAUGUCUCUUCAUGGCAUAUUUGCUUUCAUUCAAAUGUCUUUUCAAAGCAAAUCAAGGUUGUGAUUCCUUUGAGAGAUAUUGACGAGAUAAGGAGAAGUCAGCAUGCAGUUAUUAAUCCAGCUAUUACAAUAUUUCUUCGAAUGGGAGCUGGAGGAUUUGGUGUUCCUCCAUUAGGAUGUCCAGAUGGAAGAGUCAGGUACAAAUUUGCAUCGUUUUGGAACAGAAACCAUACAUUUAGAUCAUUGCAGCGAGCUGUGAAGAACUUCCAAAUGAUGAUAGAGGCUGAGAAACAGGAACGUGCUCAGUCUGCAUUACGUGCACACAGUAGUUCAAGAAAAACUAGCAAGCAGGAGAUAAAUGUCCCAGAAGAUUGUGCUGCAUUAACAGGGCAGUUACAACCUUUUGUUAAAGAAGAAGUUUUGGUCCCUGUAUUCAAUGGAACAUUUCCAUGUACAGCAGAACAGUUCUUUAGUAUUCUUUUGAGUGAUGAUUCAAAUUACAUAACAGAGUAUCGAACAGAUCGGAAGGAUAAAGAUAUAAAUCUGGGCCAAUGGCACAUUGCAGAUGAGUAUGAUGGCCAGGUGAGGGAACUUAAUUGUAAAUCAAUAUGCCAUAGUCCAAUGUGCCCUCCUUAUUCAGCGAUGACAGAGUGGCAGCAUAUAGUUCUUUCAGCUGACAAAAUGGAUCUGGUAUUUGAGACAGUACAGCAAGUUCAUGAUGUUCCAUUUGGUUCCUUCUUCGAGGUGCAUUGUAGGUGGUCUGUGAAAACUAUCAGUUCUAGCUCGUGCAGUCUCAACAUCAGUGCUGGUGCGCAUUUCAAGAAAUGGUGCAUAAUGCAGUCUAAGAUAAAGAGUGGUGCUGUAGAUGAGUUGAAGAAAGAAGUCAAGGAAAUGUUAGACUUUGCACAGGGGUAUAUGCUCAAAGUUAGGUCUCCUGACCAAGAGAACAGUAAUCUCGCUCAACAAGACAACAUGGCGCCGGAUGCGCCUCCUGAUUUAGAGUGACAGCCGCCAUCACAUGACAAUGAAUUAUGAUGUUAUACACAGAAGGCCAGGUGGACCUGUAACGAGUCCACAUGAACCACAUCUAACAUGUUAAGCUGACUUCCAAAAGAAUGGGUGGACCGUGUAGCGUGUAAACUUCUUCUCCUGUAAUUUCUCUAUCCAUUCUGGCAGUUUGGCUGCUGUAUAUAGUUGUAAAAACACGUAAUAUAUAGUGCUGACUGCGGACAGGUCACUGUGUGGUGUUUGAAGAUAAACAAAGAAAGAAACAAAAGAGAAAUAUUUGCCCCCAGAACCAUCAGAACUUGUGCAGUGUACAUUUCUGUAGUCACAGGGCCUAUGUUGUACAAAUAAAAGUUCACUUUUCCUAUUA